AUGUCAGUGAUUUCCGAUCAAGGGAUCCACCGUGCCGGAGACCUAAACACACUCCAAUCUCCGUCAACCAAUGCAUCCCCGCCUCCUUCUAUUAUCCUUCCUUUCUACUUCUCAUUGCUUCUCAACCUCCAACGAAACUUUCUUUUCCGAUCUCCACUGACUUCCACCGCCAUGGACUCUCAGUCUCUCUCCAUUUAUUCCAACCCGUCCGCACCACCACCGUCGAAUUCCGGUCUACUUCCAUCCAGACUCCGAAAUUCAGAUGAAGAAAGGGUUUUGGAUAUUUCAGAGAGAGAAAUAAUUGAGACUGAAAGUGAGAGGAAUAGAGAGAAGUUUGCACGAUUCUUCUGCAAAAUAAAGAAAAAAUCCAGAAUGAAAGAGGCUGUGUUUUUUGAUUGA